CUCAAAGUUCGUUUCUCUCUCUCUCUCUCUCUCUGUUGUAGUUCUCCUCCCCCGUUCAAUGACCCUGCUGAUUGGUUAUUUUGAUCAUCAAAAUGAGCCUCAAAUCUACUUUUAUCUGUACCCGCCAAAACUCUCCGUUAACGCCAAAUCGAAACCUCGGAGUUCUCCCCAGCAGAGCAUUCCAAGUCCGCGAGUGCCGAGUGUGGCGGCGUCGAAGACUCAAAACAAAUCGGAAAACGGUACUAGUACGCAGUCUGUUAGGCCCAUCGCCCUUCGGUGAUUUGUUCCAAAACUUGGUUUCUCACUUUCCUUCUCUCAAUUCCCUAGAUUUUAUCGCUCCGGUCCUAGGUUUAACCUCCGGAGCAGUUCUAACACUCUACCUCUCUCGCUUCAAGUCCAACCGUAAUUCUCGAGUUUCUGACGUCGGCGAGUGGAGACUGUUCUCCAGCCCGACGCGGUUUAACCGUUUCGUCAUGCUACGGUGUCCGUCCAUGUCUUUCCAGGGAAGCGAUCAGCUUUUGAAUGAGGAGAGGCAUUUGGUAAAGUUGAACAGUGGGAGGAUUCAGGUGAGGUUGAGCGCUGGUGAUGAUUUGGUGGAGGAGAGAGAGAGACUAGUGUAUCAGAGAGUUUGCGUGGGUACUGAGGACGGUGGAGUGAUAUCUUUGGACUGGCCGUCGAAUUUGGAGUUGGAGGAGGAGCUUGGGCUGGAUACCACGGUUUUGCUUAUUCCAGGAACUGCUCAAGGGAGUAUGGAUAAGGACAUUCGGUCGUUUGUGUGUGAAUUGUUGACGCGGGGGUAUUUUCCUGUUGUAGUGAAUCCUAGGGGUUGUGCUGGUUCACCACUCACCACACCACGGUUAUUUACAGCUGCUGACAGCGAUGAUAUCUGCACAGCUAUACAAUUCAUCAACCGGGCAAGGCCAUGGACAACAUUGAUGGGUGUUGGCUGGGGUUAUGGUGCAAGCAUGCUAACAAAGUACCUAGCAGAAGUUGGAGAUAGGACACCCCUUACAGGUGCCACGUGCAUUGACAAUCCCUUUGACUUAGAGGAGGCCGCUAGGUCCUCUCCGUAUCACACCGCUCUUGAUCAGAAGCUAACAGAUGGUCUCAAGGAUAUUCUGCGAUCUAACAAGGAACUGUUUCGAGGUGGAGCAAAAGGAUUUGACGUGGAAAAGGCUCUACUUGCAAAGUCUGUCCAAGAUUUUGAAAAAACAAUCUCUAUGGUCUCACAUGGGUUUGAUGCCAUAGAAGAUUUUUACGCAAAUUCUAGCACUAGAGGUGUCAUUGGAAAUGUGAAGAUACCCGUUCUCUUUAUACAGAAUGAUGAUGGAACAGUCCCUUUGUUCUCUAUUCCACGCAGUCUAAUAGCAGAAAAUCCAUUUACAAGCCUUCUUUUAUGUUCUUGUUCUCCAUCUAAGGUUAUUGCAAGUGGAAGAUCUGCUAUUUGUUGGUACCAGCGUCUCACCAUUGAGUGGCUUGCAGCGGUGGAACUUGGACUUUUGAAAGGUCGUCAUCCUCUUUUGAAAGACGGUGUGACCGUCAAUCCUUCAAAUGGUUUACCACGUGUGGAAAGCAGAGCAUCUGAUAAAAGGGGCAGACUAAAUAAAAUUUUGAAUGCUUCUCCAUCAAAUGUUCUUGAUAGGUAUGGUGUAUAUCCUCUAGAGAAGGUGUUCGGAGAAAGCGAUACCUCUUUGAUCAUUAGGUCAAAAUUCGGGCGAGAGUCACAAAAAAAGUGUGAGAUUGAAGAUAAAGGAUUGCAAAGAGAUAACAAUGGUCUAUUAGAGCAGACUAGCUUUUGUAAUGCAGAAUUAGUCAACGAGGAAGCCAGUCCUAUAGAUAAUGGAAGAGGCCAAGUGCUCCAGACUGCACAAGUAGUUAUGAAUAUGAUUGAUGUAUCCAUGCCUAACUCGCUAACUGAAGAACAGAAGAAGAAGGUCCUGAAUGCUGUGGGCCAAGGGGAGACAGUAAUGAAAGCUUUUCAAGAUGCUGUGCCGGAGGAUGUUCGUGAAAAGUUUACUACUGCUGCUUCUGGAAUUUUGCGUAAUCGGGGGGCCAAUUUGAAACUGGACAGCCACCUAAAUAUUGGUCCGAUACCUACUGUGCCAUCAGAAAUACAGUCAGAGAUGAAUGAAAGAGCUGGAGUAUCAAGUGCAGGAGGUUAUGAAGAUCCUCAUUCUUCAGAUCCAAGGACAAGGGUUGAUGACCUGGAAGACUAUAGUGAUGGUCAAAUUUUAGUGGACAAGCCUGCUGGGGGAGUGAACUCAGAGCGUCAGGCUUCAGAUACGCUGCACAAAAUGACUGGUUAUGGUCACUUUCAAUCUACAACCCACGGAGGCAAUGUUUCCUGUUCAAUAAAAGAGGACAUUAUUGAAGGGGAAAGCAAUCAUGAAAAUGGGUGUAUUUCCAGAGAAACAGAUGCUGAAUAUUAUGGCUAUAAUGAAAAUGAGUCAGCUGCAGGUGGUAAGCCGUAUUGUCCUGGCUGGUCUGUAAGUGCUAGUGGCACUGGCAAUGUUGCUGUUGUCGUGGACAAAGUGGACCAGAAUGGACUGGUUGAGUCGGACAAGAAAGAGGGAGAUGAUAUCCAGGAGAACAUAGAAAUAGUCACAAAUCUUUCUACUGAUCCAAAUAAGAUGAUGCCAUCCACCGAGGCAGAGGAGGGGUUGUCACAUCCGGUAUCAUCUUUUGAGGCCCAACCAAUGAAAAGGGAAGGAAGUAUGCAUUCCGUUCAUAAUCAAAAUAGCUAUGAUCCCGCGACCUUCAGUGUUUCUCAGGCAUUAGAUGCCUUAACAGGGAUAGAUGAUUCAACACAAGUAGCUGUUAGUAGUGUCUUCGGUGUACUAGAAGGUAUGAUUACUCAGUUGGAGUUUGAAAAAGCUGACGAAACUAAGUUUGAUAAGAAAGAGGUUGAGGACGGUAGAGCUGGCUUCUUAUCUAAGAACCGUCAACUUGUCAAUGACUAUAACUCAAUGAGCAACGAAGAAAACAAUAAUGACCUGAGCUCACAGUCUGACAUGGAAAAUGAUCUACCUUCAUAUGAUGAAAUUGAUUUACACAACGAUGCAAGAUCUAGAUGGGAAGAGGAGGGGAGACCUAUAAGCAGCCCUGAUUCAGUUCUGGGGAACAGCAUUAGUAGUUCUUGGGAAAACAGUGUGGUUUGCCAUAUAAAUGAAGAAAAAGGAACAGGGGAAGAUUUGCUAAGAAGCAAACUUUUGGCUAAGCAGCCAAAUAAAGUUCGACAUUUAUUUAAUUCUCCACUGUACAUAACUACAAACCCAUUCAGUGACACUCUUUACAAGGAAUACCUCCCUGAAUCUCUUCUGUCAAAGACGCAGUCCAAGUCACUAGACUCAGAUACAACUACCACUCUAUUCCUUGACUAUAUUCCAGAAGAAGGUCAGUGGAAGCUUUUAGAACAACCCGGAAAUAAUGAACAUGUGGCUGGUGAUGUCAAUGAGGGUGACAGAAAAGACAUUCGGGCUCAUUCACCUUCAAAAGCUGCUACAAUCGAAGUAAUUAAACCACUAUAUGUCAUAAUGGAUGCUGGACAACAACAGGAACCUGUUCAAGAAUAUGGGACAGUAGAUUAUACUUAUCAAAAAUGUGUAAUUAAUAACUGUACAUCGGAGGAGUUGAUGAGCUUUGUUAAAAGUACUAUUUUGGAUGCAUUGAAGGUCGAAGUCGGUCGAAGGCUAAGUGUAGCUAAAACAAAAGAGAUGGAGCCAAAUCUUGCCAAAGAUUUGGAAGAAAUUGCAAAUGCUGUGUCUCUGGCUGCAGGACACAUACUGAGUUGGGAUGUUAAAAAUCAUAAUUCUGAAAAACUUGGUACACUGAAUGGAGAGCAUAUUGUGAAAGCUAUUUCCUUAGCCGUUCAGGAAACCAAUUAUGUGAGAAGAUUACUUCCACUUGGUAUCGUUGUAGGCUUGAGCUUAGCUGCUUUGAGAAAAUCCUUCAAUGUAGCAACAGUAAAUGGUAGUGCCCAAAGUGAAACCAUUACCCUUGAUCAAAUUUCUCAGUCUGCCGAAACAAAUUGCAUACUGUCUGAAACAGAUGGUGAUCUAAUGUUUCUUCAUGAAGUUGAUCUGAAGUACAAUAUGUCGAGAAGCAAAGAUUGGGGAAAGGCUGAAUUGGGAAAACUAAACAAUGCCAAAAUCAUGGUUGGUGCUGUUACAGCUGCCAUUGGAGCAUCUGCCGUUACAGCUGCCAUUGGAGCAUCUGCUUUACUUGUGCAUCAACAGGAUUCAGACGAAGGUAAUGAAACUUCUACAGUCUUGUCCAAGACCUUUGGCAAUAAGGGAAAUCAUCAAAAGGAGCCUGGUAAGCUUGAGGAGGAUAUCUCUGAGAAAAGCGAGAAUGGCAUAGUCACAAGCUUUGCAGACAAAGCCAUGUCUGUUGCUGGUACUAUGGUACCUAUGAAAGCAAAUGGAGAAGUAGAUCAUAAAAGGCUGGUGGCCAUGCUGGCAGAAUUGGGACAAAGGGGUGGUAUGUUGAAGCUGGUUGGUAAAAUUGCUUUGCUUUGGGGGGGUGUACGUGGCGCUAUUAGUUUGACUGGAAGGCUUAUCUUGUUUCUCAAUAUUGCUGAACGCCCUUUGUUACAGAGGGUACUUGGGUUUGUUUGCAUGGUGCUUAUUUUAUGGUCUCCAUUUGCUGUUCCUCUGCUCCCUGCACUUGUGAAAAGUUGGGUGACACACAGCUCCUCCAAAUUUGCCGAACUCGUUUGCAUUGCCGGCCUGUAUGCUUCUAUUACAAUGCUUAUUGCGAUUUGGGGAAGAAGAAUUCGAGGGUAUGAUAAUCCAUUCGAGCAAUAUGGCCUUGAUUUUUCUUCUUCAUCGAAGAUUCAAAAUGUAUUGAAGGGAUUCGUUGGAGGAGUUAUGCUUGUUUUAUCCAUACACACUGUGAAUCUAUUGCUUGGUUGUGUCCGCUUAUCAUGGCCUUCCACGGUCCUAUCAUAUCCUUCAGAUGUUGUGAACUGGCUCAAAGUUUUUGCCAAGAUGCUUUUACUUGUCAGUCAAGGAAUUAUAACAGCAACAGGUGUUGCACUGGUGGAAGAACUGCUAUUUAGGUCAUGGUUGCCUGAUGAAAUUGCUACAGAUCUUGGAUACUACCGCGGAAUUAUUUUUUCUGGAUUGGCCUUUUCUGUAAGUCAGAGGUCUCCAUGGGCUAUUCCAAGCCUAUGGCUUCUGUCCAUGGCUCUGGCAGGGGCUCAGGAAAGAAGCCAAGGUAGCCUCUCCAUUCCAGUUGGGUUGCGUUCAGGGAUAAUGGCUUCAGGUUUUGUCCUACAAAAGAGUGGUAUCUUGACUUAUCAGGCCAAUUAUCCUAUGUGGGUAACCAGUACUGACCCAUUACAACCCUUUAGCGGCCUUGUUGGUCUUGCUUUUGGUUUGUUAGUUGCAAUAAUUCUGCAUCCAAGGCAGCCACUCCAUCAGCAGAAGAACAGUUGGCCUGCUCCAGAAUGAGUGCCUAAAGAAGUCGGUUAAUCAAGGGCACAUUAUGAAGAAAGUUAGCUUUAUCUUUGGUGGCUCCUCUGUCAUUAUACAUACAGUGCAGGACAGUGGAGAUCUUCGUAAGGGAAAGGAAAAGGAAGGGAACGCAGUUUAGAAAGCGCCUUUUAACUAUAAUGGCCAGUGCAUUCCAUACUCUCUAGAGCUGGCUUUCCCAAUGCCCUGGAUAAUGUGUAGUGCUAAGAUAGGAUAAGUCUAUAGUUAGCCGAACUCCACCAAACGUACAAUUUUUAAGGCAAUUUUAUAACCAGUGAAUUGAUGGUACAUGAACCAUCUAUGGAAGCACUUCAAGUUUUUCCUACACCAGUGUACAUAGUGGUUCUUUUUCUUGGUGGUUUUGUAUUUUUUGCUGGAGAGGACAAGCUGGAGAGUUCAUGUGAACCUGUUUUGUUUUGUGGAGCAUCUGAGAGAGGAAAACCCGUGGAUUCCAGCCAGCUGUCUGCUCCAUGUAAAAAAGAAGCCACCAUAAAUUGCCUUGCCACACGUUCACUGCAAUUCCUUCUAUACCCUGCCCAGUUGACCCUUCCGCUCGUGUUUGAUCCUGGUCCAUAAUUCAUGUAUUCAAUGUACUCCACCGUGUCUAAAGUACUGUACUUAUUCCACCUGUGCCAACCUUGUGGGUGUAUCAGAUCCCCCAGAUAGCUCUCCAUGACGAUAGUCCUGGAAUGGUUCCUCCAUGGUCUACCCAAGAAGGUUGAGAAGUUGGCCCUCUCAGCCUCCGUGAAGUCUGGUGCAGCGACUAUGGUGCAGUUGUGCAGCGAUAUGCCGGUGUCCUGGUUUGGGUCUUGUCUCCCUUGAGCAGUGAUCAUGUUGUUUUGACCAGGGUUUGGUUUGCGAACCAGAAUAAUGCAGUUUUGAAAUACGGCUGCUGCAUUUCCAAAGAUGAAAUCAACAGUGCCUUGGAUUGUGCAUUCACGAUAGAACUGACGGAGAGAAUGAGCGUAAAGGGUGUCCUGAUAUGAAGUGAUUUUGCACCGGUAGAAAGCAGCAUUGGAAUUCACCCGUAGAGCAACUGCCUGGUGCUUCUGUGGGCCAGCUGUGUUCUUGAUUGUCAGGUCCCUAGCUAUGAAUUUGUCUCCAACCACAGCUGCAAACACAAUAGCAGGAGUUAGUCCCCUUGAGAUUAGGUAACUUAAUCCUUUGAUACAAGAUUGUGUCGGUGAACAUCUUUAGAACUUAAGGCUCUGUUUGUUUCAAUUGUUUUACAUGUAAAAGGAUCUCACAAAAACUCUCACUUGUCCUUUUGUUAUCCGGCAUUUGCUUGAAAAAUGAAACAUGAGGUUGCGAGAAA